CCACCUCCUUCUGUUCCCCCAUCCCUCUACCAUGCCCCGACACCGCCUCUUUCCCUGCUGGCCCAGUUGCUGUCUGCUCCUCUUUUGCACCCUGGGGGCCUGGGGUCGUCCAGAGCCUCCCAGCGCCAACCCUGAACAUGUCCACUUGUCCUACCAAGGUGAGCCUGGCACCAUGACAGUCACCUGGACCACUUGGGUUCCCACCCGCUCCGAGGUGCAGUUCGGCAGGCAGCCCUCUGGCCCUCUGCUCCUCCGGGCUCAGGGCACCCCCACCAUCUUUGUGGACGGAGGGGUUCUCCGCAGGAAGUUCUACAUGCAUCGUGUCACACUGCGGGGGCUGCAGCCUGGAGCCCAGUACGUGUACCGCUGUGGCAGUCCUCAAGGUUGGAGCCGCAGAUUCCGCUUCCGAGCCCUGAAGAAGGGGACCAAGUGGAGCCCCCGUCUAGCUGUGUUUGGGGACCUGGGUGCUGACAACCCCAAGGCCUUCCCACGGCUGCGCCAGGACACCCAGCAGGGCCUGUAUGAUGCUGUUCUCCAUGUGGGAGACUUUGCCUACAACAUGGAUCAGGACAAUGGUCGCGUGGGGGACAGGUUCAUGCAGCUCAUUGAACCUGUGGCCGCCAGCCUGCCAUACAUGACGUGCCCUGGCAACCAUGAACAGCGCUACAAUUUCUCCAACUACAAGGCUCGCUUUAGUAUGCCAGGCAACAGUGAAGGACUGUGGUACAGCUGGGACAUUGGCCCUGCCCACAUCAUCUCCUUCUCCACUGAGGUCUACUUCUUUCUCCAUUAUGGCCGCCACUUGGUAGAGAGGCAGUUUCGAUGGCUGGAGAAUGAUCUCCAGAAAGCCAACAAGAACCGGGCUGCCCGACCCUGGAUCAUCACCAUGGGCCACAGACCCAUGUACUGCUCCAACUUGGAUCUGGAUGACUGCACCCGCCAUGAAAGCAAGGUUCGCAAAGGCCUUUGGGGCAAGAUGUAUGGAUUGGAGGAUCUAUUCUACAAACAUGGGGUUGACUUACAAUUGUGGGCCCACGAACAUUCGUAUGAACGUCUGUGGCCGAUUUACAACUACCAGGUAUAUAAUGGCAGCAAGGAACUGCCCUACACCCACCCUCGAGGACCCGUGCACAUCAUCACAGGAUCUGCUGGCUGCGAGGAGCGACUGACCCCUUUUACCAUCUUGCCCCGGCCCUGGAGUGCAGUGCGGGUGAAGGAAUAUGGGUACACGCGGCUUCACCUCCUCAACGGGACCCAUGUCCACAUCCAGCAGAUUUCCGAUGACCAGGAUGGGAAAAUCGUGGACGACAUCUGGGUGGUGAGACCUUUGCACGGCCGGAUGAAAUAUUUAUAGGAACUGUGGACAGCUCUAUGACAGACCCAACCAUGCUGCGUGGCUGGGUGUGAGCUGGCACCACCAGGACUCAGGUGGGGAGCCAGGGCGGGCCUUGACUCCCCUCGGCCUCCAAGGCCUGUGUGUGGAUGCAUUCAUGCGUGCAUGUGGGGCAGAAGCUGGACCAGCGCCCCCUCCAGAUAAGUGGGGGUCCCAGCUGAGUGCUGGGAUGAUCCAGAGUGACUGAGCGACACAGGGCAGGUCUCUGGAAGCACCCACUGGGCAGGGUGCCCCAGGGCCUCGGGAAUAAAGACAUAUUCUGCUA